AUGUCAAAUGCUCACGAUCAAAAUACGUAUUUACAACAACAGCAAAUUAACAAGGUAAAUAACCACGAACAAAGUGCGUAUAUACAACAACUACAACAGCAACAACAGCUACAGCAGCAACAACAGCUGCAACAGAUGCAACAACAACAGCAGCUACAACAACAAAAACAGCUACAACAACAACAACAGCUACAACAACAACAACAGCAAAUUAAUAAGCCAAUAGUUCAUGAAGAAAGAAUAAAUACUGUCGUUAGCGACAUGGAACUUGACAGCCAGACUCCAUCGGCUUCGUGGCAAUACGUCAAAAGAAAUAAAAGAAGGCGUAACUCAACCGAAGGUAAUUUAAACAAUGAAAUAGUAACAUCGAACAGAUUUAGCUUACUAGCUUCAACAUCGAAUACACAGAACGAAAACACUACAAAGGUCCAAAGGACACCACCCGUAUUUGUAUAUAACGUAGAUAAAUUCGCGGAUAUGAUUAGUGACUUAAAUGAAAUACUCAACACAAACGAAUACGUUACUAAAUCCUUGCCAAAUGAUAUAGUCAAGAUUAAUGUAACAGCACCGGAACAGUAUAGAAAACUCGUUUCUUUACUCAAAUCAAAAAAUGCUAACUUUCACACAUACCAGCUAAACGAAGAAAGGGCAUUAAGGGUUGUGCUGAAAAACAUACAUCAUACGUACGAUACGAAUGAAAUCAAACAAGAAAUUGAGAAACAAAAUCAUAAGGCUACACUGAUAAAAAUCCAUACUUGCGGAUAUGACCUGGUUAUCUCGGCUGUUUAUUGCCCGCCUAAGUACAACAUUAAAAAACCAGAAUUUAAAGAAUUCUUUGACAUUUUGGGAUCAAAAUUCAUAGCUGGUGGGGACCUUAACUCCAAAAAUACGCUAUGGGAAUCCAGACUUCUGAAUCCCAAAGGCAAACAAUUAGCUGAAUUAAUACAAGAAAAAAAAAUUUCUUUUUAUCAACAGGCCGACAUACUGGCCCACAGAUGA